AUGGCUGCUAUUACGACGAAACCAGAGUUUGCCGAAUUCCGUCAAUUAUUCUCCAAAGCACGUUCAGUAUUGGUCUUGACAGGCGCAGGAAUUUCUGCAGAAUCUGGCGUUCCAACAUUUCGAGGGGCUGGUGGUCUCUGGCGACAAUUCAAUGCUACAGAUUUGGCUACGCCAUCGGCUUUUGCUCAAUCCCCAUCACUUGUUUGGGAAUUUUAUCAUUAUCGACGAGAACUUGUUCGAACUAAAGAACCCAAUAAAGCUCAUUUGGCAUUGGUCGAAGCCGAAAAACGUUUUGAGAAAGAAGGAAAACGAUUUUUUAUCAUAACUCAAAAUGUCGAUGGACUUCAUCGACGAGCAGGUUCUCGUAAUCUUCUUGAAAUACACGGUAAUCUUUUCACGACUCGAUGUACAUCGUGUGGUUUUAUUGAAGAAAACAAUGAUAGUCCAAUUUGUGAAGCUCUGCGAAAUCGAGGGUUACCAAAUGAGAAUGGUCCUGAGAUAGCAGUGACAGAUCUUCCUAGUUGUCGUCAAUGUCGAUCUCUUGUUCGUCCACAUGUUGUCUGGUUUGGUGAAACACUCUGGCCUGAUGUUUUAGAAAAAAUCGACGAAGAAAUCAAUCGAUGUGAUCUAUUCUUAGUUGUGGGAACAUCAUCAGUUGUCUAUCCAGCUGCAGCCUAUGCUUCGAUUGUCGCAAAGUGUGGCAUUCCCGUAGUUGAAAUCAAUAUUGAAACGACUCCUUCUACUGCUGUAUCGGCGUUUCAUUUCGAAGGUGCUGCUGGCGAAAUACUUCCAACACUAUUGGCACCCAUUACUGAUGAUAUUUAA